AUAAAUAAAAACAAGCAGAGAUAGAAAUCAGAACGUUGGGGCCAACUCUCGAGAUCCGAUUUAAAACCCUCUUCUUUGACGAUCUCUCCCCCCAUCUUCAAUUAACUAGCCGUUACUUUCCUCUCUCUUUACCUCAAUCACAAUGUCUGCUUGUGUAGAAGAAACACCUAAUCACACUAAAAAGGAAAGUGGAAGCAGCUUGAUCAUGGUUUCUGAAUCUUCUCCAUCCUCUGACAAGCGUCUCUGGAGCAGUCUUCGUAACAGGAUAGAUGUUCUCCUCGAAGAGAAGAGCAACACCAACAAACCCAUCUCCUCCAGCUCCCCAUUGAUAGCUCCAAAGACUGUUGGAGAAUCAGAGAGAGCAAAGAGGUUGAAGAACGAUUCGAUGCUUUUGCUUAGAGGGUUCGACUCUGUUUCUCAUACUCUGUCUCAGCUUUCGAGUAAUCUCGACAACGCUCUUCAGGGAGUUAGAGAGUUAGCUAAGCCACCUACAUUAUCUGAGAUACUCCACUCCAAUCUCAAAGCUGAUCAGAUACAACACCAAGAAGAAGAAGGAGAAGAAGAAGAGAGUAAAGGGAAGAAGAGGAAACACGAGUCUGAUGCUGAGCUAAAAGAAGAUUCAUCAGAUGAGUCUGAUGAGAAGAGACCAAAAGAGAGAAAGAUCAUGAAAAGGGCUAAGAAUAUUGCGAUAUCAAUGGCAGCGAAGGCAAACUCGCUUGCAAGAGAGCUUAAAACCAUAAAAUCCGACCUGAGUUUCAUCCAAGAACGUUGCGGGUUGCUUGAAGAAGAGAACAAAAGACUAAGAGAUGGGUUUGUCAAAAGUGUUAGACCUGAAGAAGAUGAUCUGGUGAGGCUGCAAUUAGAGGUGUUGCUUGCGGAGAAAGCGAGAUUAGCAAACGAGAACGCGAAUCUGGUUAGAGAGAAUCAGUGUCUGCACCAGAUGGUGGAGUACCAUCAGAUCACAUCUGAAGAUCUCUCUGCCUCUUAUGAACAAGUGGUUCAAGGUUUAUGCUUAGACUUCUCAUCACCUUUUGGUGAAAUCGAUUAUGAACAACACGAAGAAGAGGAAACAAGAGCUCUUGAUGUUUCAAAAUCACUCAUCGAAAGCUUUGAGAAAGCAGAAGAUGAAGAAGAACAACAACAUUGAUAUAGAGACAUUCUUGCGCAGUUUCUUUGUUUCCAAGAUAAAAAGUUGUAAUAUCGUUCCACUGUUUGUUGUAAUAAUUGGGGUUUGGUAUUUGAUUAAGCUUUUGAGCAGUUUCUUGAUCUCUAAGAUACUAUUUCCGUUGUUUGUUGUAAUAAUAGGGUUGAGUAUUUGAUUAAACCAUAAGAUAUGAAGUUUGUAUUAUAUUUC